AUGCCAACCAAAGAAGCCAUACAAAACUUUUGGACAAACAUACUAACAAAUCCUACACCAUACAAUACAGAGGCGACAUGGAUAACCGAAAUAGAAAGAUCUGCUAUAAAUAUUGAAAGACACCAGUUUGAAGAUAUAGAUGUAGGGAACGUAAGAGACGCAGUUAGGAAAACGCAAAAUUGGAAGACACCCGGUAUAGACAAAAUCCAAAACUACUACCUUAAAUAUUUCACGAGCGCCCAUAAACACAUUGCCCAGCUAUUUAACAGGAUGGUUAAAGGAUUAGAACCCAUUGACAGUUGGUUUACGACAGUUCACGUUAUAUUAAUACCCAAAUGCGAUGACACUCAGGACCCAAAGAACUGGUGUCCCAUAGCAUGUUUGCCAUCUAUGUAUAAAUUACUAACAUCUAUUAUGGCUAACGAACUCUAUGUACAUUGCGACAAAAAUGACAUUCUAGCACCAGAACAAAGAGGCUGCAGGCGACGAGUACGGGGCUGCAAAGAUCAUCUCAUGAUCAACAAGUCUAUACUUGAAGACGCACAUAAAUGCCAGAAAAAUCUUAGCAUGGCGUGGAUUGACUAUCGGAAAGCUUUUGAUAGCAUGUCGCACGACUGGCUACUCAGGAUACUAGAUCUCUACAAAUGCCCACCUAUUAUCCGAAGUUUUCUGGAGAUGGUCAUGCCCACGUGA